GCCUGAGACUUGCCAGUCAUUCCUGGACCGGAAGAGGAAACCGUCCUCAGUAGGCACCGGGUUUUUACCAUGAAGGAGGCUACAGUUAAACGGCGAGAACCGGAGGAUGUUGAGAUGAAGGAGGAGGAACCAGCUGCCGUAACCGGAGAGGGAGGGAAGAAGGAGCUGGAUAGCGUGACCCUGGAAGAUAUUAAGGAACAUGUGAAACAGAUUGAGAAAGCAGUGUCUGGUAAGGAGCCUCGAUUUGUUCUACGUGCCCUGAGAGCAUUGCCUUCCACAUCACGUCGCCUGAACCCCAAUGUCCUGCACAAAGCAAUCAAUGGCUUCUUCACAUCCAACCCUGCCACACGUGAUAUGUUGCUGAGCUUCCUGGAGGAGCUAAUGGACACUGAAGGUGAUUUGCAAUUCAGACCACGAACUGGCAAAGCUGCUUCAGCACCUUUGCUGCCUGAAGUGGAAGCCUACUUGCAGUUACUUCUGGUGAUAUACUUGAUGAACAGCAAACGUUACACUGAGGCACAGAAAGUGUCCGAUGACUUGAUGCAGAAGAUCAGCCCGCAGAACCGACGAGCUCUUGACAUAAUAGUGGCCAAGUGCUACUACUACCACUCUCGUAUCUAUGAAUUCCGCAACAAGCUGGAUGUUGUCAGAAGCUUCUUGCAUGCAAGACUGCGCACAGCCACACUCCGGCAUGAUGCAGAUGGACAGGCUACGCUGCUUAACCUGCUACUCAGAAACUACUUACAGUACAACCUGUACGACCAGGCUGAGAAGCUGGUGUCCAAGUCUGUGUUCCCUGAGCAAGCUAAUAACAAUGAGUGGGCCAGAUACUUGUAUUAUACGGGCCGCAUUAAAGCCAUUCAGUUGGAAUAUACUGAAGCAAGAAGGACCCUAACUAAUGCCUUAAGAAAGGCCCCCCAGCAUACCGCAGUGGGCUUCAAGCAGACAGUUCACAAACUUCUGAUAGUGGUGGAGCUGUUAUUGGGGGAAAUUCCAGAUCGUCUUCAAUUCAGACAGUUGUCAUUGAAAAGGUCUUUAAUGCCGUAUUUUCUGCUUACUCAAGCUGUGCGCACAGGCAACCUGUCCAAAUUCAAUCAGGUGCUGGAGCAGUUCUGUGAGAAGUUCCAGACAGAUGGUACAUACACACUCAUCAUUCGGUUGAGACAUAAUGUUAUCAAGACAGGUGUUCGUAUGAUCAGUCUGUCAUACUCCAGGAUUUCAUUGCCUGACAUUGCUCAGAAAUUACAGCUUGACAGUCCAGAGGAUGCAGAGUUCAUAGUGGCUAAGGCAAUCCGUGAUGGAGUCAUUGAGGCCAGUAUUAAUCAUGAGAAGGGAUAUGUCCAGUCUAAAGAGAUGACUGAUAUCUAUUCUACAAGGGAACCUCAGCUGGCCUUUCAUCAACGCAUUUCAUUCUGUCUAGACAUACACAAUAUGUCUGUCAAGGCUAUGAGAUUUCCUCCUAAAUCUUACAACAAAGACUUGGAGUCAGCUGAGGAACGGCGUGAAAGAGAACAGCAGGAUUUAGAAUUUGCUAAAGAAAUGGCAGAGGAUGAUGAUGAUGGAUUUCCGUGACCCUCACUUUUAGCUAUGCUUACACUUAUGUUAAAUUUAUAAUAGGGGUUUUGGUUUCAUGCCAUAUUGGUCAUUGUAUAAACAUAACUGCAUGUCUAUUCAGUGGAGAGUGGGACGCCUUUUCAUAUACACUGUGACAGAACCACCAGCACUUACUGUGUUAGGCGGACUUAUCACAAUGUAGUUAUGGUAGGGUUUUUUUAAACAAACUACAUCCUUCUUGUCUUAAGACCCACUCAAGGUUUCUAACUUUGACAACUGCACUGUAUUAAGCCAACAUUAUAUAGUGUAUUAAUAAGACCUGGCUAGCCGUCACUACUGAGUCUCAAACUUUGAAUUUAUUUUCAUUGUCUUGUAGUCAACUCCUGAUAUAAUUCUCCUUAGUGCUUACAUCAAGUUACACAAGGAAGAACAUGGCCCAUAUUACAAAUUGUCAUUGACUUACAAAUUAGGAUUUUGUUCAAAUUUUUUUUUUUUUUAAUCUGUAGGGUAAAGACAUGUCAUAUUUUCAAUUUGCUCUUUAGUAAUUCAUUAAAAGCUGUUUGUAUCCAAA